UAAUUAAAAUAAAAAGAAUAAGAGAGUUUAAAUGACGGAAUAGGGAAAAGAAAAAGUAUGAUUAAAAUCUCUAGAAGUAUUCCUUAUUGCGUCAUUGUAACAAUGAAGUACUUUCUACGUAAUGAGUAAUGUCGGAUAUUGAACAGAUAAAAUAUUCCUAAUGAAAUGAUACAAAAGGUUAAUAAAGUGAUUGAUUUUAUCGGACGACGAUCUCUUCCGUUCAAAUUUGUAGUCGCGCGCGCACAUAAAAUCCAACAUACAUGACGCGUCAGAUCAUCCGAUUUUACGUCAUCGUUAUUCCUUCUCCAACAGUAAAAGAGCAAGUGAGAGAAAAGAUAGAAAAAAACUAAGAGCGCGGUGUGUUACCGAUGCACGCAUCGACAGUCGAAUGAAGUACGCGAAAGAAGCUUCUUAUACGCGUUUGUCAUUUAUUCUAUUAAUUUAGUUAACGCCGAAUUAAAUCUAAAGAUAGUUAUCUCAUUGAUAACAAAUUUGUCAUCGAUCAAGCAUUAAAUUCCGCCUUGAUUUGCCGAAAAGUGUAGCCCAUCACAUACGCACAUUAAAAACCCAUAAGAUCCUAAAUAGUGAUAUUUUUACAAGUAGUGAUAUUCGUCGCCAGAGUUCGUUGCUGAGUUCGCGGCAAUUUUUGGAAGUGGUGUUACUAUACAUAUUCAUGGCUGCCCUUUUUGUGUACAAACUUAUUUGUGCACAGAAUAUAAUAUAUAAAGCGUCCUGCAUGUGUGCACAGCACAAAGGACACUUUAUGGGUUUAAAGUUGUUAUUAUAAAAUCAUGUCAAGGAAGCGUUGUAGAGAGGAAACUAUGUUGAACUCUGAAUCGUAUACAAAUAAUCAUAAUGGAGAAAGCACAUCCUCUAGAGAAGAUUCUCCCAUCAAUCCUUCAAUUUGUAAAGAGGCUCCAUUCAGUGAUGAUCCAGAAGCCAUUACUGAAAGAGAUGCAUGUGAUUACAAUACUCAAAUCACAUUGAGGAUGGCACGUAGUGGGAAAGCACCUAGAAGAGUUAGAGUAUAUGCUGAUGGUAUAUAUGAUCUUUUUCAUCAAGGACAUGCUCGACAAUUACUACAAGCUAAAAAUAUAUUCCCAAAUGUUUAUCUCAUUGUUGGAGUUUGCAAUGAUGAAUUAACACAUAGCAAAAAAGGAAGAACUGUGAUGACAGAUGCUGAAAGGUAUGAUGCAGUAAGACAUUGUCGCUAUGUGGAUGAAGUUGUAAAAGAUGCUCCAUGGGAAUUAGAUGAUAAUUUCAUCAAGAAACAUAAAAUCGAUUUUGUAGCUCACGAUGACAUACCUUAUAUGACAGAUGAUGGUUCAGAUGUUUAUGCAGCAUUAAAAGCUAAAGGUAUGUUUGUAGCUACACAAAGGACAGAAGGGGUAUCUACAUCAGAUAUUGUAGCAAGAAUUGUUAAGGAUUAUGAUAUUUAUGUAAGAAGAAAUUUAGCACGAGGUUACAGUGCCAAAGAACUCAAUGUUUCUUUCCUUAACGAAAAGAAAUUUCGGUUACAAAAUAAAUUUGAUGAUCUUAAAGAUAAGGGUAAACGAGUUAUGGAAAAUAUAGGUGAAAAACGUAUGGACAUGAUUAGUAAAUGGGAGGAAAAAUCACGAGACUUCAUUGAUGCAUUUCUUUUAUUAUUCGGAAGGGAAGGAAGAUUGUCAACAAUUUGGAAUGAAAGUAAAGGACGUUUAAUGCAAGCACUUUCACCUCCAGCAAGUCCAAAAAGAGAUGGCAGUCCAAAUGGUAGUAAUAGUAGCAACAACGAUGAGGACCAAACAAGUCCUCCACCAAAAAAGACUGGACGCUACGAAUUAUCACAAAGUACUCAAUAUUUAAGCGAUGAUUAUAGUGAUGAUGAAGAAGAAAAUUUACAAUCUAAGUGAUAAAUUAUUAUGGAAAUGAAUUGUAUCUCUUUAUUAUGACCAAAUUAGUGUGCUAUUGUUUUUUAACAUUAGACAUAUUUUCAUACAGCUAUAUAAGCUGCUUAUACAGAAAAUAGCACUACGCUUUAUAAUUUUUGUAUGGUAAAAUUACUAUACAUAAAGCAAUUUGUGAUCAUACGGAAAUUUAGUGCAAUUAUUAAUUAUGCAAGUUGGAAUAUAGACGUUCAAAUCUACAAAAACUAUGUAGAUUAUUUAAGAUAUCUAUGACAUCAAAUUUAUAGUCUUUUUUUAGUUAUUGCUGUGGUAUUACUUAUUUGUAUUAUGUUCCUAAUACAGCAAUGAAUAAUUUACUUACUAAACUUUUAAAUAUUUUUAAAGAUAAAUAUUUAUAUUUUCAUAUAUCAAACAAGCAAUU